GUCCUUUCUUCUGCGAACUUUACGGAAUGUUCGGUUCACUCUUCGGCUGCGGUUCAAUUUGGACCAUGGUUUUCAUCGCUCUAGACAGAUACAACGUCAUCGUCAAAGGACUGAGCGCUCAACCCCUGACUAAAAAAACCGCCCUUCUUCGGAUUCUUUUGAUUUGGGCAAUGUCUAUCGGCUGGACAAUCGCACCACUCUUUGGAUGGAACAGGUACGUCCCAGAAGGUAACAUGACUGCCUGCGGUACAGAUUAUCUUACUAGGGAUGCACUCAGCCGGAGCUACAUCGUAGUUUAUGGAUUCUUCGUUUAUUUCCUCCCAUUACUUUUGAUUAUCUACUCAUAUUUCUUCAUCGUACAGGCCGUAGCUGCUCACGAGAAAUCCAUGCGGGAUCAGGCGAAGAAAAUGAACGUAGCUUCCCUGAGAUCAGCGGAAGCUUCCCAGACGAGUGCAGAAUGCAAAUUAGCCAAGAUCGCCUUGAUGACAAUCACUCUGUGGUUCAUGGCGUGGACUCCUUAUUUGGUCACAAACUUCACCGGAAUUUUCGGAAACUCGAAAAUCAGUCCGCUGGCCACGAUCUGGUGCUCACUGUUCGCAAAGGCUAACGCCGUUUACAACCCGAUUGUAUAUGGAAUUAGCCAUCCAAAAUACAGGCAGGCAUUGGAGAAGAAGUUCCCCUCGUUGGUAUGUGCUUCUCACACAGACGACACAGUAUCAACGGUAACAGGAGCUUCGAAUGUUGGAGAAGAAAAGGUGCCCGCCUAAGCUCAUCGAUUUCUUGACUAACUCUAUGUCUUGGUGUACGUACUUGAAGAUAUAUUUGUAAAUAACGAAGAUGUAAAAAGUUUAUCAAAAGGGCGUUGCAUAGUUUUCUUGUUAACAAUAAACCCUGCAAGCUUA